AUGAUGAAUGUAUGCGGACGAAAUGAAAAGGUCGCUAAUAAGUUCGACGACAAUUUUCCAUAUCCAGCCUGUUGGCACGAUAAUAUGCGCAUGGAAUUCCUUUUAUCGGCCUUUAGAGAGCGGACGGUUAAUCCAGAAAGUUAUGAUGCUAAAUUACAAUUCUGGACACAUCAAAUCCAAGAUUAUUGUGAGUAUAAAGGCGAUGCCAAUUUUAAUAAAGAAGAAUUGAAAAUUCGUUUUACGAGAAAUGGCCGUGUGCCUGCUUGUUUGGACACAGUUUUAUCAAAUAUGCUGCAAUUGAAGAUUAUUUGUGCCAGUGAAGAUUACAAAUUAAAUAUAAAUUCCAACUGGACUGAAUGGGCCCUUAACAAUUUUGUAAAGGGGCCAUUUCUACGGGUUUACAGAUUAUUAAAAUUUUGGCUCAACGCUAAUGAAAUGAUUGCCGAUGCCCAUCGAACUGAAUACGUUCAUAUGGAUGUCUUAACGAAAUUUUGUAUGCAAGUGUAUGAACUAUUGCAAAAAUCUCCAUUCAAAGGAACAGUACAACCUUAUGAAGUACUUAUUGAAGAAGUUUUAAGGGUUAUGACCAUUUCCGAAAGUUGCAUUAAAAUGUGCGCUCAAAAGUUGCACUACGAGCGUAAAAUCAGUUUGUCAUAUAAAUUGGGGGACAAUGAAAAUCGUAUACAACUGAUUAAAGUACCUGUGGAAAAUGAACCCGUUACCGAAAUAAACGAAAACGAUAUAGUUAUACAUAAGAUGGAAGCUGUACGAAUGAACUUAAUGGAACAAUUGCGGGAUAUUGAAGUAAAAAUUGAAGAGAUCAAUUUGAACAUUCAUCAAUAUCUUAAGGAAAACAAACGACAAAUGGCAAAACUUUUACUUCAAAAAAAACAUUUACUGGAAAAUAGCCAUAAAAAGCAGAGUUCCGCUUUACUGAAUAUUGAGACGCUUUUAUUAAGUAUUGAAGAAGCAAAGCAGAACGACAUUAUCCUAGAUGCUUACAAAAGCGGAUCGAAGGCUUUGCAAAAUAUUUUUGAUACUUUAAAUUUGAAUAAUGAGAUUGUAAGAGAUAUUGUUGCUGAUGUCAAUGAAACAAUUGAAACACAUAAGGAAAUCGGAGAUAUACUUGCUGAUACGAAUCCCAAUGUGUCCAAUUCAUAUGAUGACAAUGAUUUGGAACGUGAACUUGCUGAAAUCACCGGCGAGAAUGUUGAGACUGAAACAAAAAUUGAUAACCCAAUCGCAUAUCAAAAAUCUAUGCUAACAGAUGAGCAGCUUAUGAAUAUGUUAGAAGAAUUAGAAGUGGAACAAAAGAGUAUCGGAGAAACAGAAAGAUCACAACAGCUAAAAAGUUAG